CACUUCUUCUGCUGAACCCGCCGGCCCGUGGGAAGCUGCAGACACCUUUCACCGAGUUUGUUCAGAAAGAUUGGAUGAAUGCGCUUGCGCUGUUGACGCGAUUGUGCUGCAAACCUAGGAAUUGUUUACCCAGCGCAUGGCGGCCUUGACGUAGCUUCUCCCCCGGCCUGCAACGCCAUGCAUCCCACGCCGUCCGGUACAGCAUGUGGAAACCGUCACUACACCUUCACCGAGCCAGCCGUCGGCAUCGUGUCGCUCGCUCUACGUUCAAUCGCUAUGCACACCAUCGCAUUCGCUCCGCCGCGUUAAGAGGUCCCGCCGAUCAGCAGCAGCGCUGCUUCCACGAGUACUUCAUCACCCACCUACCGUCCACCUCGCUCCACCCAGACUCUCGCGUGUCCGGCGGCCCGCAUCAUAAACUGCCGCGAGACAAGAGCACGCCCCAUGAACCACGUGGCACACACCGGUCGCCCGCCGCGGCUCCGCCAAUGGUGGGUGCGACACGGGAGAUGACGGUGGUGAGGAUACCGCUGAGGAGCGCAAAGCACCAUUUUGGGGUAUCUGUGUCGCGAGGAACGCGGCCAUACAAUGAGGACUCGUUCCAGGCCGGGACCGUCGAGGUACCCGCUUUCGCAAAGAGGCGCCCCAUGUCGUUGCAGCGCAGCGCAAAUGGAGGCUUGACCAGCGAGCUUACGCCAGCCGGCAGUGCCAGCGGUGACCCGCAAGUCUUCUACUUUGGCGUGUUCGACGGGCAUGGUGGGAGCGACUGCGCCGACUUCCUGCGGGAGGAGUUGCACAACUACGUCGAGGAUGCCAUGAAGCUGUUCGAGCUGGAGAGCAGUCUUACAGGAAAGGGCGCACUCAAGGGCUGGCCAACCAGCACAGGGACACCGGACGAUAGACCCGCGGAGAUGCCGUCAAAGGCUUCUGGAAAGGAGAGCCUGGACGCCAUCGAGACGCAUACACCACCCGGAUUGGAACCGCUUAAGCCGCCAGAGCCAGGCACGCAAGCCCCAGCGAACGGCGCGAAUGGCAAGAAAGAGCUCAUCGGUAGCGCACCGUCUGUAAGACAAUCCACCAGCGUCUCGAGAGCAGAAGAAUUGGAAAGGGCUUUGGUUCAGGACUGGAAAGAGCUGGUUGGAGGAUACUUUCGGCGCUUUAAGCCCGAGUACUUCUCGAGAGCGGCCGGCGGGCAGGGCCACCAGACAGAGAAGGACGUUCUUGCGAAGCGCAACAGCUUUGGGGAUAUGCCAGACAAAGCGAAGGACGGCCUGGGCAUCGAGACGGUGUUGGAAUAUGCAUUCCUGAAGGCUGACUACGACUUCGUGACUGCACAAGUUGGGAAGCAAGAUGAAGACCCUGUUCUCGCUGACAAGGCUAUCAACGACAACGACGUGCUGGGGGAUCCGUCGCCAAAGGGCAAGCAUAUCGGCGGUCCUAAGCGCUUCAAAGGCGGAAGUACUUGCAGCGUUGUUCUCAUAUCCACGCCUACACCCUCGCCAUUCUGGCAUCCUUCGUCUCCAUCUUCGCUCAUCACAGCACACGUGGGCGACACCAGGAUCCUCCUCUGCGACACUGCAACUGGUCAAGCCGUGCCACUCACAUCCAACCAUCAUCCAUCCCUCCCCGAAGAAGCCACCCGCCUCCGUCGGUACGCUGCAACCUUUGUGACUGACUCCUUUGGCGAAGAACGCAUGUCUGGACUUGCAAACACGCGUGCCUUUGGCGACAUGGCGUCCAAGCGCAUGGGCGUGUCUGCCGAGCCCGAAAUCCGCCGCGUCGAGCUCUCGCCUGCCGAAUACUCAUUCCUAGUGCUCUGCUCGGACGGCGUAUGCGGUCACCUGAGCGAUCAAGAGAUCGUGGACAUUGUAAAGGAGGCCAAGACACCAGACCAGGCAGCAAGGGAUGUCACAAACUUUGCGACCGAGGUCAAAAGUGACAGCGACAAUGCCACCACAUUGGUGGUCAGACUGGGCGGCUGGGAGCGGAGGAGCGAAGGGGGCCUGGGCAGUCUAGGGACAAAGGAGAUGCGUGACUGGAGGAAAAGUGAGAGCAUGGACCCGAGGAGGGGCAGGACCUAGUGUGUACACUUCUACAUGUGGUGGACGCUGUCUUGAAUUACGGAAGACAUCAUGGAUUUUGGCUUUUGCAUAUCAUGGCGUUUGGGAGCGGCGAAUUGUACAUAGGGGUAAGCAGGAUGAUUUUCACCUGUACGGUAUAUAUGGUUUAUUGGGCUGCAAUCAGCUUCUAGAUGAGCAUGCGGGAG